AUGAAUAACGUCUAUACUGCACUUUCAUUGUCAUUUAUUGGUAGAAGGAGAUUCGCUCUUACAUCCAACGAUUAUGAAAAUACUGUUUUAUUGUUUCGGGCUUUGCUAAAAGAGUCAUGCCAAUUCGAUCCAGAAGGCAUCUGCGAAGUUGAUGUAAAGCAUGAAUUAGAUAAUAAUUCUGUUGAUCUGCUAAUACGGCAGAUGAUAUAUUGGGACGAAAAUAUGAACGAAUAUACGUUUAGAAACGUGGUUAUUUGGAAGAAUAUGGAGAAGUUGUCGCACAAGCAGCAGAAAGUAGGACUUUUUCCCUUGUUGAAUCAAAUUGACGAAUACGAUACGGCUAUUGCACGGAAAAAUCCGCUGAACAGAGUGCAAGUCGGAAGCUAUGUAGUACGGAAGCCCCAGUUGUUCACAAUUGUACCUUUGAUUGAAUCAGAGCAUGCACAUCCCGAAGUGUACCAAUAUGUCAAGGAGAAAUUUUGGUUUGGACAAAACUUCCACUAUGAAGGACCCACUGACGAGAAGGAGGAACCCGAAUACUGCGAUAACUACACUGGGCUAAUUCUCGAGAUCAGAAACGUUACCAGGCCCCAAGUAUAUGCAUCUCCCGAAAUCCAGGGAUACAUCUAUUCGCUAAUAGUCCACGCAAGAAACCACAGACUAUGUUCACUUGCUCCUAUACACACCAGAUUGUCCACUCGAACUAUAGAUGCAAUGCGGGACCUAGCUGAAUGCAUGGUUGCCUGGAAGAGACACGACACCGAUAGACUCUUCGUGACUCCUGAUUACUGCAAAAUUGCAAUGCGCAAAAUCGGCUACUGGCUUAUCGACUGGGAACAAGACACCAUUUUUAACACUUCUUCGGAUUGCGCUAUUGAUAACGAUUUGGAGUAUAGAAGGCAAUUGGAAAUAAGCAUGCUCACGGGAGACUGGUAUGGAAGUGAUUGGAAGUACGUCAAGAAAUAUCUCGAAAACUACAAAACCGAUACCAAUGCUUCAAAUUACAUCAAUAAAAUCGUGGAAGACGUGCUACAAUUGGUGCGACCCCCAAUAUAA